CACACACACACAGAAAAAAAGAGAAGCUAGCGGCGCUAGGCGGAAAUACCCCCACUAGUCACUCUAAAACUACUCUGCUGAAGUUACCCACUGCAUCCAGCAAGCUAGCGUUGCGGUGGACGGCAGAGGUCGCACGUGCGGCGGGUUUUGUGAAAACACGUCUCAUGUGCGCACGUGCGCACUGAGUGAGCUCGAAGCACGUUUGACAGUAGCUGCUAAAGCGCUCCGUACGUUAACUCUCUACCACGAUGACCUACGUAUUGAUUCAGUGGGUGAGUGAACGAAAAUGGGAUGUAUAUCCGAUCAGCUGUAUUGAAGAUGAGUCGGUCGGCUACCGGUUGUAUACCGAUAAGAAAUGCAUUGGUGAGCUGAGAGGGACGGUUGUGAACGUGCGCUGGGACAAGCACAAGGAGCCGGAGCCAGCCACACUUCUGGACGUAGUUGCAAGUAACAGCUUAAUUGGCUGUGUAUGUAGCUUUCCUGGACUUUUCUUUCUGUGGAUGUGGCCUUGUCAUUAUUUCAUAUCAAAUUUCUUUGGUCAAAACACUCAAUCUGGUGAGGUGGGGAGCCAAAAAAAAAAGAUAAACCAGCUCGAAAAAGAAAGCAGCGACCUCAAAGAAGAAAAUGAACAGCUAAAGCGAGCCCUUCAGGAUGCGGAGAACCACCGUGUAAUAUGGCGGCGCGAUGGUGGAAGAAGCUGUCUGGGGAACCCAGGGAAGUUCGCCCAGGGGCUCCUGCGGAUCGUUUUCUCAGCCAAAGAGAUGAAAGGGAAGUCACUCUUCGGAAGGAAGUGUAAUGCUAAGAAGGAGCAAGAGGCCAAAGAGGGACUUGACCCAGUCAGGGUCAAGGCGGUGAUAGGCUACACCGUGGCCAGCUUGAACGCCGACCCUGUCACGGUCAAGACAUCUCUGUCGGCAAUGUUGGCACGAGAAGUUGCUCCGACACAAUCCCAAGAACCUCUGGAAAUGGAGCACCUGCCUUAA